AGUUCUGGGAAGUGGGAGGGCUGGUGAUCCUCAGAUAGUCUUGAGAAGCAGAGUUGCAAGGAUUCAUCGUCUGUCUGCAAACUGCAAACUGCAAACUAUCCAGAAGACAGCGAGGCCUCAGACCUGCUCUCUUCACCUGCAGCAGUCAGAACACAGCGAGAACAUGAGCGCCGACCUGCACAACCACUCGCUGGACUUCCUGAACGGGACGCCGUGGUACAUCUUCGAGUGCACCAUCCAGCUGGACACCAAGUACCGCCGCAUCGCCCUCUUCCUCAUCUACCUUUUCAUCUUCAUGGUGGGGCUGCUGGAGAACCUGCUGGUCGUCUGGGUCAACUGGCGCCGGCGCCACUCGGCCAAUGGCGUCCUGUUCUGCAUCAUCAACGUGAGCCUGUCGGACCUGAUGGUGAUCGUGAUCCUGCCGUUCUUCAUGAUGGAGGUGACCAUGGACAAGGUGUGGCUGUGGGGCCGCUUCCUCUGCAAGGUCACCAACCUCAUCUACGUGGUCAACUUCUACAGCAGCUCCUUCUUCCUGGCCUUCAUGACGCUGGAGCGCUACCUGGCACUGACCCGGCCGUCGUCUCCGGCCUUCUUCCCGGUGGCGGGUCGGCAGCGCUGGGUUCUCUGCGGGGGCCUGUGGCUUCUGUCCUUGUUCCUGGCACUGAUGGAGAACGUCCACGUGGACCUGCUGGAGUGGGAGGAGCCGGGCUGCUACAUGCUGCCCGAGUACCACUUCACCGAGUGGUUCGUGACGGUGGCCUUCCUCUGCCUGCUCUUCCAGUUCCUCGGACCCGCCGCCGUCAUCAUCACCUGCAACGUCCUGAUCGCCCGGGCGGCUCAGACGGCGCCGGAUGUCCAGGGCCGCCGGGACGUCUGGCUCGUCCACGUCUACUCGCUGGUGUUUGUGGUGUGCUGGCUGCCCUACCACGUGGUGAUGUUCAUGAUGAUCAUCGAGGACCUUGACCCCUUCAUCUUGAGCUGCGACACCGUGGAGGUGCUUUACUUCUCCUUCAGCGUGGUCCAGAGCCUCUCGCUGUUCCACUGCGUCGCCAACCCCUUGCUCUACAACUUCCUCAGCAAGAGCUUCAGGAACAACCUGAUCAACACCGUGGUGAACUGCAUCCCCAGAGAGGCGGCGCUGGAGGGAGCCGCCUCCAAACCCAACAGUCCCAACGGAGGAGGAGAUCCGGGGAAGCAGCGCAAGAUCAGCAACGCCAGCACCAGCCAGUCCGACAUCGUAUCGUAAGGAAGAAGCUCCGAAUGAAAUCGGCUUCCAGAGGUUUUUGGGUUCUUUUAAAGUGAAAAUUUGACAGAACUGAGUGCAUCGACUGGGACACCUUCCCCUCAUAAUCCUCUUCCUGUUUUUUAAAAGCAUGUAUCUGAUGGCAAUUUUAAACGGACGAGGGCAGGAAAUGUUUGAUGAUUUUCCGCAAAGCUGCUCAACUCCCACAGGAACCCGCGGCACUGUCUGAAAUUUGACCAAGAAUAGUGCCGCACCAAGAAUGUGUGUAAACAAAUGUGCUGCGGAGUCAAAACCAUAUAAACAUCAUGCAAAUGUGAAAGUUUAACAGUUUCGCUCACACUACUCAAUGCUUAUUUAUCUGUCUCUGUCGUCUGUUCAAUAAAACUGCCUCCAACACUG